AAUAUUUAGUUGACUGAAAACCGAAAACAUUGCAUAAUCUCGACGUCAUCUCAUUAUUCUUUUUUACAUGUCACAACUAAUCUAUCAUUGUUUACAUUAUCGACGUCUCGUUGGACAAACACAAAUAACAACAUCACAGAAUCGGUAUCCAUGAUCUAUAUCGUCGUCAAUAUUCACCUUUACGCACAUAUAUAUUCACCUUUACGCGAAUGUUCAACAUAAACUUACUUGUAUUAAGCAUAUUUCUUUCAGCUAGGAGGAUCACCAGGGUUGUGCUUUCUUCAUCCAUCUGUUGUAAUUAUUAAUAUCAUCGAGCAAGUUCAUCUCGUCAAGAUGUUUUUGGUUAUUGAAAGUUCAUGCGCGUGAAAAUCGUCCUUGAUUAAGUACGAUGGAACGAAACGUCGUGUACCGGCUCGGGCUAUUCGCUUGUGAGCGUACCGCUUUCCAACAACAAGUGGUGGCUGAAAAUUACGUAGCAGAUAAUUUCGGCUACCAAGUGGGGAGUAGAGGCACGUCAACGAAGAGGAAGAAGCCAGGACGGAUCAACUCCCUCUAGAAGAGUUGACGUUGGACAGUGUCGAAUAGAAAACUCUACGAACAAAAAGAACAAUCUUCACAAAGCGUGACUUUUUCUCCUCUUCUUCUUCAAGGACAAGGUUUAUCACAAGGCAUUACCCGAAUUUAUAUUGACAAGAACUUCCGCAGCACCACGUACACGUUAUCCUGGUCGUGUCGUUACAUCAAAUUUCACAACAGCACGUCCUCAUCACAUCUAAAUAGUACCUGUUGUAUCUUCUAUCUUCAGUAAUACGCAAACAAAAUGAAACCGUUGGAGACGUUUGGCGAUCCUGCGGAUCCCUAUGUGAUCACGCAGGAAUUAGGAGGUGGAAUGCAGGCUCGGGUGUAUAAAUGUCGCAAGGGUAGCGAUGCGAAUGGUGACCAGCCCUUUGCUGUUAAAGUCGUGCAACACAAAAGGGUGCUGAAUGAGACCGAGCGGGAAACGCAAGUCGCGCACUUACUUAGGGAAGCGGAAAUCCUGCAGAAUCUACAUCACCCGAAAAUCGUACGACUAUGUAUAGUUUCAAGUUUAUUUUUAUCUCAGUAUUACUCAAUCACAGUUGUUACUGUUAGAAUUACUUAGUUCAGAAGUUGAACUACUAAAAUAGCGCAGCUGAAGUUCCUCGUCAACAAUCAUACCUGAAAAAAUUAGAACCUUUCUACUACAUAAGCACAUUACAACAUCACACUCCGCCUUGCUUCUUGCUCUACUUAGGUAAAUUUGGUGCAGACACUGCGCGACGAUGAGCACGUCUUUUUGGUGAUGGAGUACGUUUCAAAUGGGGACUUGUUUGACAAGAUAGCAAGCCGUAAGGGUCUCGCGGAGGUGGAAGCCAAGUACGUCUUCCAGCAGCUGCUGGAGGCGCUUUUGUACAUGCACGAAGAAAAGGUUAUCCAUCGCGACCUAAAGCCAGAAAACAUCCUUGUUGGCAAAGAGGUCAGCGUGAAGGAAAACGACAAGGAAACGACGUACUUUGAAGUAAAGAUAGCUGAUUUUGGACUAUCGAAACUGCUCACGGAGGAGUCGGUAGCCAAAACCCACGUGGGCACGCCUUACUACUGGGCGCCCGAAGUGAUCAAAGCGUCGCAGGUACAGCACACGCGUCGCGAGGCUGGAGGAACGACGAGGACGCAAGUCAAAGGGGGUGGGAAGGUACCUUUACUAAUUGUCAUUGAUUUUUCAGAAUGGUUAUGCUUCAGAUAAGAUGAAAACUAGACUUGAAGAUAAACAAGAUUCCCGAAAUAAAAGUCUUCACUUCCCCAUUUCGUUUUUUAAUAAACUUUUUUUCCAUAACGCACAUUUACAUGCACCCGCAGGUUGUCCAAUACGCGCGCAGCCCUACGAACGGCGAUCAGGAACGCGGUAGUUCUGGGGGGCAUCACUCUGACAGCACCAAAACGGACUUCGCGGUAUACUCCGAGGAAGAUAUGGAACCCGGAAUGUACGAUGAUCGGGUAGAUCUGUGGUCGCUGGGGGUCGUGCUUUACGUGAUGCUGUUGGGGCAUUACCCCUUCAACAAGAAGCGGGAGCUGCCUUUGCACGACCAGAUCAUGCAAGGGCUGCCUCUGAACAAGCUGGCGCGGGACAAGAAGACGAAGCACUUGUCGCCUGAAGUCCAGGACCUGAUCGCGCGCUUGCUAACCCCGGACCCCGUGAAGCGGUUGAAGCUGCGCGAGUGCUUUCAUCACCCCUGGGUGAAUUUGGGCAGCGAGUACUUUCAAAAGAGGAAGCACCCCAUUCUGUCAGGCCACAUCCCGAGUCGCAUACCAGUGCGCUACGAGACGAUUCCGGAGGAGGCACCAGGACCCGCUGGUGUAGAAGGGGGUGACCAACAAGAAGCAGCGGGACCUUUUUCCCCACCACCUCGUGGAGGAGGCCAGCAGAUGCCAGGUUCCGGCGUAGAGACGACGCCUGAGGUGGUUAAUCUCGAAUCGAUGAAGGGUGAGAAUAGUACCAUCAAAGCAGGCUCACCCCCACAAGCGCAUGUGUCGCCAGGUGCUGCCGGAGACAAGCAGCAGAACAACAAAGAUAUUGUAGAACAAGUAGGCGGUGAGCCUGGUGCCAGAGUAGAAAUCAAAGAAAACGACCGAGGUGGAGCUGGGGGUGGCGUCGGAGCCGCAUCGGCAGUUUCCGGUAAGGCGCCUGCGAACAAAACAGAAGCUGCAGACGCGAAUCUGACGGCGCAUCUCCAAGGCACUACGGCAGCGGAGGAGCCAGCAGGAGCGGGCAGUACGAAAUCAGACUCGUACGAUGAGGUGGUGAAUCCGCCAUUCCAGACGCGGAGCGAGCAAACAGGCACACCGAGUCCACGGCAGGACGUAGUUUUAGACGCUGGUCCUGCAGCUACGGACGGCAAGAUGAAGGCACAGCACGCGGCGCAUCAGAACUUCGAUCAUCAGGCUGGAGGAGGGCAUGCAGGAGUGCCGUCGUCGGCGUCUUCUCGUUUGGCUCCGCCAGGGAGCGGCGUGAAACCCAAGGUCUUAGCCGUGGACGGCAACGGGGUGCUCACCGCGGCGCCCGCGCCAGCGUCGGGCAAACUGGGCGCGGGCACUACCACUGCGGGAGGUUCGGUGAUCGGAAGUCACAGUCCGCCUUUACACCCGAUUGCGUCUAAUCUUUGGCACCAAGGCACGAACGACCAGUUUCACGGAGCUCGCAACGAUGCGCAGGAAGUGCAUUUGCAAUUUUACCACCAACUGAUGCCGGCUCAGCGGCAAGGCGGUGGGGGCGGGCACUUGCAGCCCUUCGGCAACCCGAUGGGACUCAACGUGCACGAGAACGGAGGCGACCACCUGUUUCACGAACUCUUGCAACUGCAAGUCACGAUCGCCAAGUGUCUGGAAAGUGCGUAUUUAGCCUAUCGCGGCGCCGACCUGAGUGCGCCGGCGAGGCGUUCGGACGUGCGGCAACGCGGAAGCAGCGCAGGCAUAGUAGAUCCAUCCGGUACUCCUGGUUAUGCAGAGAUGAACUCGCGAUCCCCCGGAGGCAGAAACGUCAGCAUUCAUACCGUGCGGACGAGUACCGCCACCACAACGACCACUUUGCAGCACGCGGGUAUUACGACCGGGAGCAGCUCGGGAGGACUGUACACAAGCGCAGACAGUGGUGUUAGCAGGCCAGGAGGGUCUUCUUGUUCCUCCGACUCGGGAGGCCAGAACAACUAUAGAAGCGGAGCAAGUGGAGGUGGACCAGACGGAAGAGGUGGACCAGCUGCCUCCGGACAAGUAGAAGAUACUGGUGACCACGACGGCGCCGUGGAGAGGCAGGUAAUGCUUGGGAAGCUUCGCAAUUUGGCGCAAAAGUGUUUCCAGGUGACCGCCUACAAGGCCUACGAGUGCGUGACACGGUACGGCGCCACUGCGCGCCGUGUGCGCGAGGACGUCUUGCCCGAUAUGUCAUUGGCGAUCGAGGAAGACGCGCCAGAGCUGGCGCAAGAGUUUCUGGAAACCAUCAACGGGUGGGUCACGGACAUGAAGAAUCGCGGCUCCGAGAUGGAAGACGCGUAUCGGGAAAUUUCCCAGGAUAUCAGACUCUUGAUCGAUAGCACGCACGUCAUCAAGAAGGCGGUGGAUACGGAGAUCGCCAACCACAACGAAUUAUGGGGAUCGGUGAUGCUCUCGACGACGCCCUUUGCGCCCAUCACCGGGUGCACGCCACCGCCCCUCGUGGGCGGCGCGCAUCAAGGAGCGCAUGCUGUCGGUCCCGCCGGAGCACAUCAUACAACCGGAGGACUCCAUCAACAUACUGCAGGACUAGUAAUGGAUGGAAAUAACAAUCAUCAGUUAGUAGCCGCGAAUAACGCGAGCGUCAACGUCAUGGCUGCAGCCUCCAAUGUGCCGAACUUGAACCAAUGUCACGAUCUGUACCAAAAGAUCCACCAAUUAGUCAGCGGCCAGCCAGGCAGUGUACCAACGAAUGAAACCGCAGACAUUGACGCUCAAGUCAUUGAUCUGCUGUUUUUCACUCCCAAUUUGCCUAGGAGCCAGAAUGUCGAGAGCGCCUCUUCGGAUGACAACCAGGGGAUGGAACCUUUCGUGGUAGAGGAUAAUUUGCGAGGCGGAGGCGCCACCAUUGAGGAAGUAAGAAGCAGUUCGCAGCUGCACCAACGCAAGGGAAGCGAGCAGAAUCUCACAACUUCUCAGCUGGCGACGAGCAAGGUGGGCCCAUUGCAAUCCCGAGAGGUUAUCUCCAAGGAGCAGCUGUCGAAGGAUUUGGACCAAUUGUCCAGAGAUUUGGAUGCCUCGUCACCUGCGCGUGCUGCGGUUUCAGAAGGUGGGGAAGAAGGCGGAAAAGUUACUGCGGGGAAUCGGAAUCGCAGUAGCACAAGCCCGGGACUUCUAGAAAACUCGAAUUUGCUUCCUCCAAAAAAUCAGCCUGCUCCUACGGCCACCUCCAGUUCUUCAAGUGCAGCUUCGUCUAGCAGUGGCAACGAUGUGCAGAACCCGGCCGGGCUGAGCUUACCGGCCGGUAACCAACCGACUACGCCCGUCGAAACUUCCUCAAGCACAAACAACUUAGCUGCACCUUCAACGUUGUUACGUCCAACGACAACGACUUUAGCCGUCAACGGACCUGGAGGCGGAUCUGCAGGAGCUGCUCCCUCAGGAACAGCCUACUGGACCGAACAACAGCGUGCGCAGCAAAUUCGACACCGAAGUGCGAUCGCACUUAUGCGUGCAGUAAGCGCCCUUCGAAAAGUCGAUGAAGUGUUGCAGCGAAGCACCAUGUUCUGGAGCCAUCUAGGUACCAAGUGCUUCCAACGCUUCGGUUCCUUCUUGUUCUUGUAAGUGUAACCAAGGCUUAACAUGAUUAUCCUGAUGUAAGUAAUCAUAGGACCGAGAUGAAGGAUUUAUAAUUUAGAACAGUUUAUAACACGAAUGGCGGUUGGCACGGUUGGCACGAAUGACACGGUUGGAACAACCCGACGAAGCCAAAAAGUGCCACGAAUGGCGCGGUUGGCGUUGGCACAAGCGGACAGGGAUGGGGAUUCGAAGGCAGGCCUACAAUUCUACGGAAAGCCCCCCUGCCAUUUUCAAAAUGGUAAGGGAGCUAGCCAGAAACAAAGCCGACUCGGCUGCUCUCUAAAGAGUGCGGGUCUUAGUGCGGCUGACCGUCGGAGGGCUGGCUUCUUUCUUGGAACUACCGCGCGGGCCACGCAAAUUCUGGUGGACUUGCAUGACCCCCGCGGAAUUCCACGAGAGGAAUGCGGCGACGAGGCGGGUGAUUUAGCAUGCGGCCUCCGCCCUAGGGUGCUCAGCUGAUCCACCGCGCCGCCGCCGUGGGAGAGCGGCGACGGAGGUGGGCCGUGGCUUGGGGGGCGGGUCGGAUGCGUGGCAGCUUUGAAUCGCGGGUGGCAGAGGAGGGCUGGCGCAAAAGCAACGCGCCCGAAGGGCGCCGGGUUUGGGGAGCCUACUGAAGCGCAACGCCGUGGAGGGUGUGGCAGAUUGGUCGCAGGGCGCCCGAGUGGGAGCCCCAAAGUAUGUGCGCAGCAUUCGGCGAGAGCGGUAACGCCGCGGGGGAGGUACCGCUUGAAAACGCAGGGUGCCCGAAGGGCGCCCCGCUCUCGAAGGUCUGAAAGGUCCACGAAUGGCACGAAUGGCGGAGCACAUUGAAGCCCCGGAUUGGAUGCCUGCCAUUCGUUCCAACCGUUCCAUUCGUGCCAUGCCAACCGGCCCCCGGAAACCUUAUAUUCAUUUUCUACUUUCUCUUUCGUCCCCCUUGUCUGACUAUUUUUGAUGUAGAUCCUGCUGAAGAACCGGUUACGACUAACAGAAUCCAAUAGAGUCAAUUUGAAUCCUCUUGAAAUAUCAACAGGUAUGACGACGUCGCAGGUAGCGCAGAUGAAGGAUACUUUGACCUUGUGGAUUAAGCAUGCGAGUUCCAACGAAAAGCUGCGGCAGAGGCUAAACGAGAGGCUAGAGCAAUAUCGCAAGUUCUGGCUUGAAUUUGAAACAUGUUCGUUAAGAUACUGUGAGGAAUUACGGGAAGGUUGCAACCGCAUGUUCUCUUUUUUGACGCAAAUGGAAACCAGAGCCGACUGCCUGGAUACAGUGAAAAGCAUGAUUUCGUAGCCAGGAAAUGAUGGAUAAGGAGGUCCGUCGCUACUAGAAAGUAGAAACUUCUAGAUGCAGAAGAACAUCGUAGCUAGGAGUUAGCAGGAGAAGCUCGUAGCCAGGAUCUACAUCUCGACGAAGGAGGAUAGAAUAAGAAUAAAUAUCAAGCGGGUUGAUUCAUGAUCGUUUCUUCUAAAAGUAAAAUGUUGAGAUUGCGCAAUUGUAUUUUACAUUAUUUGAUUACACUCUUCUAUGUUGUAUUCCUAAUCCUAUGUAUCUUGUACUUUUUCUACUUAUUUGGAGGUGAGAUAAAAAUGAUGUUUACAUAUAUAUUUAUAACUGAAGAUGAGAUCGAUGGGGACGCAUUUCAUUCGGAAUUGCACGGGAUAAGAUAUUCGCAAUGAAACUCGAAGUCGUGUUACAGCGGGAGCGCGUUUACCUCGCUCUCUCGUUUGCUUGCGAUUCAGCCGCAUCGAUGUCGAACUGCACAACUACUUAGAUGGGGUCAAAAACUUGCACUGAAACUAUUGAUACUGCAUGUUUAGGAUCCGUUAUGGAUGGUGAUCCAUAAUAAAAUGUCAUACAACUACUGCUCAUUGAGAUUGUUGAGUGGUCGAGGUUCUACAACUAGUACUAGGGAGAAUGAUAAAGAAAAAGAGCUAGUGUCUAUUAUGAAGUCAUCAACAAAGAUAGGCUUACUGCUUAAGUACUUCUACUUGUUCACGCGAUUAAUAGGGUGAACCCGGUCAAAGUUUAAGUUGAGCAGCAGGGUGCGGAUUGACUUGUGUAGAAUGAUGCACAUUGGGAUGGAACAGGUAAUAUCAUAUUGGUAGAAAAAAUCUUGGCUGGGUUACUAGGAGAGCAAACUCAUUUAGUGUGAAUCAGUUGCAUCACAAAAUAUAAAGAUCAGAAGUUGGCCUCUCAUUCUUCGCCCAGUGUCAAACUUGCAUAAAAAGAGUAAAACUAACUAAAAAAGCGCUCCCAAACACUAAAGGGUGAACGAUCUUGUCGUGUGAUCUUUGAGUUGUUUUGAAAUACUUUAAAAUGACCCAUCCUAGCUCUGCCUCUAGGCUGUGUGUACCUUCGAAUUCUAUAGUUGCAACAGCUGUUCCCGAUGAUUCUCUACCUAUGCCAUUCCAUGGCAUGCUGAUACUGAUUUGAAAAGAGGAAUGUUGUUGUGAUACCAAAAAUUGAACUAGCUUACAUGCUGCUCGAAAGACUCUACCUGCUUAUGUUGUGAGGAGCAUUUUUCACACCUCAGCCCUGGGAACGAGGUUCCCCACGUCCUCUUCCUCCUCGCCCUAAAAAAGUUUUGCCUCCUUCUCUAUUUAUUUUUACGCUGCCAUGUCCUGGCCCGUCUUGCCCUUCAAUAUUGCGAAGGAAAGAACACCGCAACUAUAUAUACUAACACGGAC